AUGGAGCUGGCAACGACCAUCGCAUGUGGCAUCGGGCCCCCACCCAGCCUGUGCGGGGAGGGAAAGGAGGUGUCCCUGCAGGCACCGGUGACGUUCGAGGACGUGGAGGUCCAGUUCUCAGUGGAGGAGUGGGAGCUGCUGGAGGAAUGGCAGCGGGACCUGCACCGGGAGGUGACGGAGGGGACAUCCCAACUGCUGGCCUCCCUUGGGCCCCCCAGCAGCCCAGCCCUCGGCGCCCUGGUGCGGCUGGUGAAGGAGAUCCCCAAGUUUCUCUUCGGUGGCCCCAAGGCUGGCGCAGAGCCGGGUGCCACCAGCAGCAGGGAUGCGGCAGCGGGCUCUGAGCAGAUGGGCGCAGGUGGCCUGGCCACCCCUCCUGGCCCCUCGCUAGCCAAGUCACCGGCAGUCCCUGCCCGCUGCUGCCCACAAUCUGGGGAUGGUGCUGGGCACCCCGGCUCUCUGAGCAGCAUCUCCUUCACCAGCAGUGCCACCAGGGAGCCAGCAGACCAGGCCGUGGCCUGGGGCUGGAAUGGUGGGCUGUGCCACAGCCCCACGCUGCCAGCUGCUGGGACCGUGGGGCAGAGCCCCCUGCAAGGGCUGCUUGACUGCCUGCGGGACAUCGCCACCCCCAAGCCCAUCCCAGCCUGGCCGGCGGCUGCUGGCAGAAGACAGGGGGCUGCGGUGCCAGGCACUGGGGGCUGCAGAGUCUCUGCAGCAGGGGUGACAGCACCAGUGGUGCCCCCCCGCAGCCCCGCCAAAACGCGAGCGUUGGGGACACGCGGCACUGCCGUGCCAGGGAACACCCGCCCUGCUGGCAGCACCCGGCCGCCCGCCUGUCCCCCCGCCGCAGGGAUGGUGACCAAGAGACCCUUUGCAGAAGCGGGUGCCAUGUCCCCACCGGGGUCUGGCAUGUGUCCUGGCAGUUGCAGCGGGGUGAGCCUGCCCAAGAAGCGGUGCCCUGGAAUGAGCCCCCCAUCCCCGCGGGAGGCCCCCGGUGAGGCCCAAGACCCGUGGGCUGAAGUUGGCCGGGUCCGAGCCGUCCUGGUGGAGGAGCUGGAGCGGCUGUGCCGGGACCUGGGCUCGGUGUGCCGGGAAGUGCGGGGCGUGCGGAGCCGCCUAGAGCGGCUAGAACGGGGCCAGGCGCGGAAGAUGGCCGCCCUCGCCCGCAGCCACCAGCGCCUCCGCCAUGCCGUCCAGCGCCUGGAGGGAUGGUGCUGGGCGCUGGAGACCCGCGCCCGGCCCAACAGCCUGCGGCUGCUGCAGCUGCCUGAGGGGGAGGACGGUGCCGAUGCUGUUGGCUUCCUGCAGACCAUGCUGCUGGCGGCGAUGGGCCUGCUGCCGGCCCCGGCUCCCCUGCAGACCGAGAGCGCCCGCCGGCUGUGCGGCCCUCCCACCCCGGCACGGCCACUGCUCUUCAGCCUGCUCCACUUCACCGACAAGCUGGCACUGCUGCGGGCAGCCCACCGGUACCCUGAGCCCCACAGCUGGGCCGGCACCCGCCUCGCCAUCGUCCCCGCCGCCGGUCCCCCCUGUUGCCAAGACCCCCUCGCUGCUGGCCGAUGGGCCUGGAGGGCGGCCGAGCCACACUGCAGCACCCGCUGCCCCGCUGCCGGCCACGGCCGGGGCUCCGUGGAGCCAUGA